AUGAGAAUAAAUUAUUACUAUAUAAGUGGACAGAAUUCAUUUGAAGAUUAUUCUGUAAAAGAGAUGGAAAAAUUCAACAGUUUAUUGUUUACCAGCAGUGUAUUCUUUUGCUUCGUAUCAUCCAGUCCCUUUGUUACAGAUGGUCAAGAGUCAUCCAAGCCUGAUGAAUUCAAUGUUACUCUGGGUGCAUUAAAUUCUGUACCAUUGUCAAACGCCUCAUUCAACGGAAUAACACUACCAUAUCCAACGGAUAUCCAUUCACAGAGUCCUUUCGCGCCGAAUAUAUACCCACCAUUACCGUUUAUUCCAGGACCAUACCCAUGGGUAACAUAUAAAAAUCGAUGGUGCAUUCAAGAUGUCUUCGAUUAUUUAUGGUGCCUUCACGGAAUAGUUCGCCGAAAUUCUUCAUCUAGUUGA